UACUUUCACACACAAUCUGCGCUGGCUCAGUUGUCACAAAUUCACAAUAACUUUUAAAUAGUUUAAUUAUUGAUCUUAUACACGACAGAGUUCAGGAUGUGCGACGUGCUCCUCCCAUGCGAGUACAAUCCGAAGGAAUGUCCGAGUCCUGCGGCGGAGAAGAGCCGCCUCUUCACUAUCCUGCUCCUCUACUGUUGGCAGCGGGAGUACGACAAGAGACCCUACCGCCAGUUCCAGUUCAAGCGACUCACGUUCGAGGAGCGGAUCGGUCGGAGGUACCACUGCAUCCGCGACUUCCGGAUCAUCGUUAACUAUCUGCUGCGGCGUCCCCAGUUGUCUGUCCAAAUUUCCAGCUUGGUUGUCAGCAAUUGGGAUGCGGGUUUGCUCAAGGACUUUGUCCGCUCGCUGCUCCCCGUGUGGUACAUCGAGCUGAGACUGAUGCGGUUUCCUCGCGAGUUCUUCGUGAUGCUGCGUCUCAAUGCGAGCAAGAUGAAUGUUAGCCAGCUGAGCUUGGAAGGAACACCCCUCUCCGAUGAAGACGUGCGCAUCCUGCGAGAGUUCCUUCUGGUCAGCAAGACUCUGCGCAGGCUCAACGUGUCCAGCUGCAGUCUGACACAGUUCAACUUCGCUCUGAUCGCGGACGGAGUGUAUAAGUCGCCAGGAGUGCGACGCUUGAGCGCCAACAGGCUGCUGGGGAUGAGCCUCAGCCUGGACACGGAGAAAAUUUCCUCCGUGCUGAGCUCGCUGCUGAUGCAGAAUACGCUCUGGGCUCUUUCGCUGGAGCACUGUGAACUGACCGCCCAGGACAUGAUUCCCAUUGCCGAGCACCUGGCCCGGACCAACUCGAAAUUCCGGCGCCUGCGAAUCGCCUGCAACAAGAUCGGUCCGGAUGGAGCCUUCUUCCUGCUGCGUGGAAUGUCCAUGGGUGGCAAUCUGGAGUUGCUGGAUCUGAGCUACUGCUCGAUUGGCACGCACGGCGGCGAGUGGGUGGCCAAGUACCUGGCCUCGUGCCGCAGGCUGCAGAUCCUGCACUUGAACUACAACGACAUGAGCCCGACGGCAGUGAAUCUCAUCCUUCUAACCAUGAAGAAGCAGUGCAAGCUGGAAAGACUAACCUUGUAUGGCAACCAGUUUGACUCGCGUACUGCGAUGAUAGUGCGUCGCUUGCUGGAUGCUGAGGUAGUGCUCCACUCCGAGCUGGACAUCAGUUACACCUACGACGAGGCACUGCAGGAUUACAGGGUGGUGCCUUGGCGCUAGAAAGUGGAUAGAAUGUUGUUAGUUAUGUUAACUCGUAAGUAAAUUAAAGUCUAUUCCGCUAAAAUCAGA